GUCACCUCCCAUCUCUACCACCUCUUAUAUCUCUAACCCGGACCACUAGCAUUCAAGUACACCUUCAAGACCCAAAUCUUUUACGACACAAAUCAAAAUAUCUACAUAUUCCAUAACCAAACUACCGACCACCAAGCAUCUCAUCCACAAUGGCCGCCCCAGGAGGCCAAUACUUCAUCUCCUCCAAACUCUCGACCCCGGCACCACACCACGCCUCCUUCGCGGACCUCUGGACCACCAAAUGGCGCCAACCCGCCGAAAUGGGCAUCUACCCCUUCAUGUUCUCCAGCGCCGCCGACUUCGAACCCAUCGUCGCGUCCCUCGCAGCCUCCGGCAUGCGCGAACCCUACGACUGGGACGCGUACGCUGCGGCCUUCGUCUCGCAGGCCGAGAAGCUCGCGGUGGUGGCGGAGGAGGCGGAGAGGAAGGGCGAGGUCGAGAAGGCGAGUGAGUAUUAUUUGAGGGCGAGUGCGGUGUGGAGGAUUAGUCGGUUUCCGGCGCCGAGGAGCGGGUUGCAGAGGAGGGCGUGGGAGGAGGGGAAGAAGGUGUGUAUUAAGGGGUUGGGUUUGAAGCCGCAUCCGGUGAGGGAGGUGUUGGUGCCGCAUACGCAUCGCUUGGACACGGAGCGUGAAGUGAUUCCUGUGUACUACCUCCUUCCCGAGGGAGCGAGUAAGGAGGCGCCAGUGCCGACGGUUAUCAUUUUUACCGGGCUCGACGGGUAUCGGACUGAGCUUGCGGUGUGGAUGGAGGGGUGGCGACAGCAAGGUGUCGCGACGAUCGUGCUCGAGAUUCCAGGGACGGGAGAUUGUCCCGCGAAGCCGGACGACGUGAAGUCGCCGGAUCGGUUGUACUCGAGUUUGUUCGACUGGGUUGGACAGCAGGAGGGGAUCGAUCAGAAGAAGGUUGCGGUGUGGGCAUUUAGUACGGGGGGUUAUUAUGCGAUUCGCGUGGCGCAUACGCAUGCGGAUAAGUUGGCGGGUGUGGUUGCGUUGGGCGGUGGGUGUCAUCAUAUGUUUGAUCCGGAGUGGUUGAGUGAGGUUAACCAUCUUGAGUACCCCUUUGAUCUCGCAAAUACACUGGCGCACAAAUGGGGGUACGGCAACGACAUCGAGCGCUUCAAGAAAGAAGCUUCGUCCAAAUUCUCCCUUCUCAAUGACGGAACUCUGGACAAACCGAAAUGUGCGAGGCUCCUGCUCAUCAAUGGAACGGAAGAUGAGAUCUUCCCAAUUGACGACUACUACCUGGCGUUGCAGCAUGGUGCAGUGAAAGAAGCGAGAUUCGUACCUGGAGUGAAGCAUAUGGGCGAGCCGAUGAGCUUUUUCAUCAUCCUCAAUUGGCUGUACAACUUGUUCGGUAUCGAGGCCGAUGCUGUGAAGCAGAUGCAGACUCUGCCAUUCAAGCCUAAGUUUUGA